GUUUCAAACCACAUUAGAAGUUAAAGAAAAGCUUUACAGCCACAACCACAUUUAGUUGAAGAAAAAAAAGAAAAACAAAAAUCAAAAUGAAAUCUACUCUCCUGUUGCUAUUCAUAGUUGGCAUUUUAGGCUUUUGCCUUGCCCUACCACAUCCUCCCACAACAGCUGCUCCUCUAAAAUCCACCUACGAUAGUCGUUUCGAUAACAUAAAUAUCGAUGAAAUUUUACAACAGGAACGUUUGUUGAAAAACUAUGUCAAAUGCCUGGAGGGUACUGGUCCUUGUACCGCGGACGGCAAAGCUCUUAAAGAGACUCUACCCGACGCUAUAGCGACCGAUUGCGCCAAAUGCACGGAGAAACAGAAAUAUGGCUCGGACAAAGUGACACGCUUCCUUAUAGACAAUCGUCCCGAGGAUUGGCAACGUUUGGAGAAGAUCUACGAUCCCGAGGGUACCUAUCGCAAGGCUUAUCUGGCCGGAAAGAAGCAGGAAGCCAAAGAGGAUACGUCCACGACUACUACAACUACUAAGAGUGAAGAUGAAAGUGGUGACAAAGAAUGAUGUGGCUGUGACUUUUGGCUGUUUUAAGGCUCAACGUUUAUAUCGACUUUCCUUUUGAGGAAAAAAAAUAGAUUAGCACUAGUGCAUUACUGACUACGUAGAUUUAAUUUAUAAGCUGUGA